AUGUCUGGGACCUCCAACAACACCAUCAAACAUUAUGUCCACUCCAUCUAUGAUCACCAGGUCUUCAGCAUCGAGCAGGGACGCUUGCCGAAGACGCAAAAAUCUGGCUGGGCCCCCAUUACCUUUUGCGAGGAAGAGGAACGUAGUGUUAUUCUCCCCUAUUAUGACCCACUCAUUAUCCAUGCAGAUAUUUCUAACUUCGACGUUGGGCGUAUCUUGGUGGACACUGGCAGCUCAGUCAGUAUGAUGUUUGCUGAUGCUUUCAACGAGCUCCAGGUCCCUGCUCAUUUGUUCGACCGAAGCAUCACACCUUUUGUGAGCUUCUCUAGUGAUGUUGUCCAGCUCAUUGGAAGCAUCCAUCUCCCUAUCUCUAUUGGUUCAGCACAACAGCGGGCGACGGUCACCACUCUCUUCCUCAUUGUUGACUAUCCCACAACCUACAACGCACGGUGCGUGGCGACCAACUUGGCUCCUAAAGCUGCUAUGCUUCAGCAGUCAAGUCCACCAAAACGCCAACAUAGGAGUAAGGCCCUUGCUGUAACCAAGGCUUCAGCCCUUCCCCGAGCAGGCUCUGAACGACCUGAAGACCCUAGGGAGGAAUCGAAGCGUCACGCCUAUGACCCAGAGAGGUACGAGGCCAUGAAAAGGGAGGUGGAUAAGCUAAGCAGCAUUGGAUUCAUCAAUGAGGUGGACUAUCCCACCUGGCUGGCUAAUUUGGUGAUGGUUCGUAAACCAAAGAAAGGCUGGCGUAUGUGUGUGGAUUGCACAAACCUUAAUCGGGCUUGUCCAAAGGAUAGCUUUCCUUCACCUCGAAUCGACCAGCUUGUGGAUGCCACAGCUGGCUACACCCUCCUCAGCUUCAUGGAUGCUUACUCUGAGUAUAGCUAG